UCACAGAUCUUCUCUGAAACCUAAAAGAACCCUUUUUUCCCCUUUGGCAAGAAGAAGGUGCUUAGCAGGUAGCAACCAUGGUGUCGCAGGAGUAUUUGGAGAAGAUGCAGGCCCGACAGAAUUACCGGAAUCUCUGGCACACCGAUCUCAUGAGUACAAUUCAAGCAGAUACUCCUUAUUGCUGCUUUGCGUUGUGGUGUGGGCCAUGUGUAUCAUACUUGCUCCGCAAACGAGCUCUUUACAAUGAUAUGUCAAGAUAUAUUUGCUGUGCUGGUUAUGUGCCAUGUAGUGGUAAGUGUGGAGAAAGCAAGUGCCCCGAAUUUUGCCUCGCAACUGAGGUCUUCUGCUGCUUUGGAAAUUCAGUUGCAUCAACACGUUUCCUGUUGCAAGAUGAGUUCAACAUACAAACAACACAAUGCGACAACUGCAUUAUUGGUUUCAUGUUCUGCCUCUCACAAAUCGCAUGCAUAUUUUCCAUCAUUGCGAUGAUUGUUGGAAGUAGUGAACUCCAAGAAGCUUCUCAGAUUUUAAACUGUUUGUCUGAUUUUGUUUAUUGCACGGUUUGUGCGUGUAUGCAGACACAGCAUAAGGUUGAAAUGGAUAAAAGAGAUGGGAAGUUUGGACCACAACCAGUGAUGGCUGUGCCUCCGUUUCAGCAGAUGUCGCGUAUAGAUCAGCCAAUUCCUCCUCCAGUCGGUUAUCCACCUCAGCCAAUGUACGGGCAGCCCUAUGGGUAUCCGCCUCCUCCACAGGGGCAAGGUUACCCUCCUGCUGGUUAUCCACCUCAAGGUUAUCCCAAGUGAUCUCGAUUAUGAUGCAAAUAGGGACAUAAACUAGUAAAAUCAUUCAUGAACCUCUGACAUGGGGUUUAUAUAUUUUGCUUUGGGAGAUCUCUAGAGUGAGUUUAUUGAUCUAUUUUUCUAGGAAGAAUGGGUUUUAUGGGUACAGAUGAUCCAUACAUAUGCCUGUUUGUGUAGAUAAACAUAUUUUAGUCGACUGAACAUUUUAGCUUUUACUU